AGGCUCACACUCAACCACAUGACAUUUAUUCCAGUACGAGUAAAAUUGGAGCUGUCCAGGAUUAUUGCAACAUUAUAUAUAUAUAGUUAAAACUUCUAUGGCCACCCUGCCAAUAGCAGAUAGGAGAGCGUUUGCUCUCAAAAUUAACAGAUAUUCGUCAGCAGAAAUAAGGAAACAGUUUGUCGGACAAUAUGGGGCGGGGCCGUACCAUCAACGCCAGAGUUCAACAGCGUCUGGUGCUUCUGUCUCACUACAGAUACCUCAGUUUUAUGAAGCAGUGGAGCCGCUGGACUUUGAAGAAUUCCUGAUAACUCAGAUGAAUAGUGCAGGCUCAGACUUAAUGCAGGAGCUGGGGGACUUUCCUGAAGAUGACUUAAAUGUUGAGCUUGCCCCCAGGGAGUGCCGGACGGAGCAGCACUCGGUCCCAGAGAACGGGGAGGAGCUGGAUCCACAUGUCAGGGACUGUAUUCAGACUUACACUCAACCCUGGCUUGUUGUCAGCAGAAAGUAUCAGGGAGAUGGAGGGAGCAUAUAUUCUGAUAGAAUGGGCCUGCACAAAACCUUGCAGAAACAGAUCUUUGAAUCUGAUGAACAGCGAGAUUCCAGUAGUCAAGAACACCAGGUCAAAUCCCAAAAGCUGCCUGUUUUGUGUGACUCCGGGCGGCCGACUCUCACCUCCAUUGACUUUGACCUGCGGGGUCUCCAGCCAGACAGCCGCGUGGAGACCCUCCUGCGGUUCAGCAGCCCCGAGGACCUUGACAGGCAGAACGGGGAGGCCCGCAAGGCCGGCCGGCUGCCAGAGCUCUUCGCACUUUACCCACCCGCCGAUGAGGAGGAUGCUGUGGAAAUACGGCCAGUUCCAGACUGCCCGAAGGAACACAUUGGCCACAGGAUUCAAAUCAGAUGCCAAGUCAUAAAGUGUGAGAUAGAAGUAGAGCCUCUUUUUGCAAGCUUAGCCCUGUAUGAUUUGAAGGAAAAGAAGAAGAUUUCAGAGAACUUUUACUGUGACCUGAACUCAGAUCAGUUCAGAGGGUUCCUUCGAUGUCACACACCCCAUAUAGCACCGUCCAGCCAAGCAAGAUCAGCUGUCUUCUCCAUCACAUACCCCUCUCCUGAUAUCUACCUCGUAAUAAAGAUUGAGAAGGUCCUUCAGCAGGGUGAAAUCGGUGAAUGUGCAGAGCCGUACAUGGUGAUGAAAGACAGUGAUAAUGCAAAGAACAAAGACAAACUUGAAAAGUUAAGAAUUCAAGCUGAAUCGUUCUGCCAGAGACUUGGGAAAUACAGGAUGCCAUUUGCCUGGGCCACUGUUAACAUAAUGAGUGUGAUCAGCACAGCUACCCUUGACAGAGACAUUGUCGAAACAGACAGCAUGAAUGGUAAAGCUGCAGGAGAUAGAAGGACUCUUGGACUAAGCAGAAGGAAUUCAGAAAAGUUUAACUCUCUAGAAGACCAGUAUAACUUGUCAGGCUUCAAACCUGCAACUAUUACCAUAAGCACUUUCUGUAAACAGGAAGGAGACAAGCUAAGUGAUGAAGAUUUAUUUAAGUUUUUAGCUGACCUUAAAAGAACGUCAACAUUGCAGAGAAGAAUUAAACCAAUAACAGGUACUAUCAAGCUGGAUAUCAUGCCAGCCCCAGACACUGUACUCGGUUGUCUCACCUCUGAACUGAUACCAGUGAGGCCAGUACCUGAGAAGAAUGUCCGUCCAGUCCGAGAAGUUCUAGAGUUCCCAUCACAAGAGGUUUAUGUUCCGCACACCAUAUACAGAAAUCUGCUAUAUGUCUACCCACAAAGGCUAAGUUUUGCGAAUCGCCUGGCUUCAGCAAGGAACAUCACCAUCAAAAUCCAGCUUAUGUCUGGAGAGGAUGCAAGCCACGCAAUGCCGGUUAUUUUUGGUAAAUCCAGUGGUCCAGAGUUUGUACAGGAAGUAUAUACUACCAUUACUUAUCACAACAAGUCUCCAGAUUUUUAUGAAGAAGUGAAAAUUAAACUCCCCGCCAAACUCACAGAGAGGCAUCACCUUCUUUUCACCUUCUAUCACAUCAGCUGCCAACAGAAACAAAACCAGGCAGCCAGUGUGGAAACCCUCAUUGGAUACUCAUGGUUUCCAAUUCUAGUCAAUGAGCGGUUGCAGACUGGACAACAUUGUCUUCCUGUAGCAUUGGACAGACUGCCCAACAAUUACUCAUUACAAUCUCCAGAGAAAUGCCCUCCCCAGAUACCUCCAAUAAAAUGGGUAGAAGGUCAUAAGGGUGUCUUCAAUCUCGAAGUGCAAGCUGUCUCUUCUGUGCACACACAGGAUAACCACUUAGAGCGGUUCUUCACUCUGUGCCACGCUCUAGAGGGCCGGGUAACAUUCCCUAUCCGCGUUCUAGAUGACAAGAUCCCAGAGAGUAAACUGGAGCACGAGCUUAAAAUGAGCAUCAUCUCCCUGUCCUCGUCUCGUCUGGAGCCGCUGGUCCUCUUCCUCUACCAAGUCCUGGAUAAACUGUUUCACCUCAUUGUGCAGCCAAUGGUCAUUGCAGGACAGGCAGCAAAUUUUGCCCAGAUUGCUUUUGAGUCUGUGGUAUCACUUGUGAACAGUCUCCACAACAGUCAAGAACUUGCCAAGGACCAACAUGGAAGAAACUGCUUGCUGGCAUCAUAUGUCUACUUUGUGUUCCGACUGCCAGACACACACAGAGAGCUCAUGAAUACAGGUUCGGUGAUGUCUUCUAUUGUCCCCGAGGCUCGGUAUUACACAAUGGGGCGUGCCAGUGCUUCCGCUGUUGGUUCUAAGCUCCUUCAGUCACGGGUUCUAAGCAGCAGCAACCCCGACAUCCCUGCCCUCCAGGCUGCAGCUGACCAGGAGGUCCAAGACAUCAUGACACCCAAGGGUAUGAAUAUCCCUGGAAAUCGAAUGUCUUCCUAUGUAGAAGUUUCUAAGUACUUUCAAAAUACUGCUGGUAGUUCAAGAGCUACACACAAAAAGCAAUUCCACGAGGAGCUGGCUCUUCAGAUGGUGGUCAGUACUGGUGUAUGUAGAGAAAACGCCUAUAAAUACGCCUGGUUCUUUUUUGAGCUUCUGGUUAAAAGCAUGGCCCAGUAUGUUUGCCAAAUGGAGAAGCAGGAUACCCCUCGCAAGAAUCGUUUUUCAGAUCGAUUUAAGGAUGACAUCACCACUAUUGUGAAUGUAGUCACUGCAGAGAUUGGAACAAUUUUAGUAAAGCAGCAAAAGGAAAUUGAACAAGCAGAAAAGAUCAACAUUAGCCUGGCUUUUUUCUUGUAUGAUCUUCUGUCUCUCAUGGACCGUGGCUUUGUCUUUCAGCUUGUACGGAACUACUGCAAUCAGAUGUGUGUCAAGCUGAAUUCCAUGCCCACUCUUAUUUCAAUGAGACUGGAGUUCCUGAGGAUCCUGUGCAGCCAUGAACAUUAUCUUAAUCUCAACCUGUUCUUUGUGAAUCCCACCUCUGCCCCAGCAUCACCGUGCCCAUCGCUGUCUUCCCAGAACUCAAGCUCUUGCUCCAGCAUUCAGGACCAGAAGAUUGCAAACAUGUUUGAUCUCUCUCAAGAGUACAAACAGCAGCACUUCCUGACAGGGCUGCUCUUCACGGAGCUCAGUGCCGCCCUCGACCUGGAGACUGAGGGAAUCAGCAAGGUUCAGAAGAAGGCUAUUAAUGCCACUCACAGCUUGCUGUGUUCGCAUGACUUGGACCAGAGAUGCAGUCGCCCAGAAGUGAGGUCUAAAAUAGCUGCACUCUACCUUCCUCUAAUCAGCAUUAUUAUGGAUUCCUUGAGUCAUUUGGAUUUCACAGUUGCAGAGACUCGAGGUGGCAAGGGAAAGCCAGAGGAGGAGCCAGAAUCUGUAACACCAAUCAGUCAAACGGUUGCUAUGGCAAUUGCAGGGAAUCCAUUUAAUCCGCUGACAAGAAACACUCUAACAUCAGUGACAUCUGUGUCUGGAAAGUCAAGCGGGGUGUUAACAGCUGAAACCAGCCGGAACCUACUUAUCUGUUUCUUGUGGAUAAUGAAGAACGCUGAUCAAAAUCUGGUUCAGAAAUGGGCAAUGGACCUACCCUCGUCCCAGCUGAACCGUCUUUUGGAACUGCUGUACAUAUGUGUCUCGUGUUUUGAGUACAAGGGGAAGCAGGCGAACUCCGACAAAGUAAGCACCCAGGCUCUUCAGAAGUCCCAGCAAGCAAAAGCCCGACUAGAGGAGGCCUUACUGGGAGGGAUGGGAGCGAGAGGAGAGAUGAUGAAACGCAGCAGAGGUACAGCAGGGAAUGAAAGGAUUCAAGGACUAAAUGAAAACUUGAGAUGGAGAAAAGAUUUGACACAAUGGAGGCAAACUAAUGACAGGCAGGACAAAACAAAGGAUGAGCUUGAGCAAGAAGCUAUCAUCAGUGGCAAUUUGGCCACAGAGUCUAAUCUGAUCAUUUUAGACCUCUUAGAAAUCAUUAUCCAGAGCAUUUCUAACUCAGACUGCAAAGACAAUGUGCUGGGUGGAGUCCUGAGGGUGCUGCUGCAUUCCCUCAGCUGUAACCAGAGCACCCACUACCUGGCUCACUGCUUUAGCACACUCCGAUCCCUCAUUGUGAAGUUUGGGGACCUGCUGUUUGAAGAAGAAGCUGAACAGUGUGCUGAUCUGUGCCAGAAGGUGCUCCAGCACUGCAGCAGCAGCCUUGACAGCACAAGAAGCCAGGCCUGCGCCACCCUCUACCUCGUCAUGAGACACAGCUACGGCUCCACCAGUAAUUUCUCCAGGGUGAAGAUGCAGGUUACUAUGUCGUUGGCAUCCCUUGUGGGUAAAUCUUCAGAUUUCCAUGAGGACUAUCUGAGAAGGUCUUUACGAACCAUCCUAGCAUAUGCUGAAGAAGAUGUGGAGAUGCAGCCAACACAAUUACCUUGUCAGGUUGAGGAGCUGCUGAGGAACCUGAACAGCAUCCUGUCUGACACAGUGAAGAUGAGGGAGUUUCAGGAGGACCCUGAGAUGCUCAUGGACCUCAUGUACAGGAUAGCCAAAGGGUAUCAAACCUCCCCUGACCUGCGUCUAACCUGGCUUCAGAACAUGGCAGAGAAGCACACCAAGAAGAAGUGCUACACCGAGGCGGCAAUGUGCUUGGUCCACGCAGCUGCACUGGUGGCAGAAUAUCUGAGCAUGCUGGAGGAUCACAAGCACCUGCCCGUGGGUAGCAUCAGCUUCCAGAAUGUCUCACCCAAUGUCCUAGAAGAAUCAGCUGUUUCUGAUGACAUUCUGUCCCCUGAUGAAGAUGGAAUGUGUACAGGGAGGUACUUCACUGAAAAUGGCCUGCUGGGACUGCUUGAACAGGCAGCUGAACUCUUCAAUACUGCUGGGUUGUAUGAGACCGUAAACGAGGUCUACAAAGUUGUCAUCCCUAUUCUUGAAGUUCACAGAGACUUCAGGAAACUGACCUCCACUCACGAUAAAUUGCAGAAAGCCUUUGAGAGCAUCAUAAUGAAGGGUCACAAAAGAAUGUUUGGAACCUAUUUCCGUGUUGGUUUUUAUGGAUCCAAAUUUGGAGAUCUGGAUGAACGUGAAUUUGUCUACAAGGAGCCUACCAUUACCAAACUGCCAGAGAUCUCGCACAGAUUAGAAGGAUUUUAUGGACAGUGUUUUGGGCAAGAUGCUGUGGAGGUGAUUAAAGAUUCCACUCCAGUUGACAAGUCUAAGUUGGAUCCUAAUAAGGCCUACAUUCAAAUUACGUUUGUGGAGGCAUUCUUUGACGAGUACGAAAUGAAAGACAGAUUGACCUACUUUGAAAAGAAUUUCAACCUGCGGCGGUUUAUGUACACCACCCCAUUUACAAAAAGUGGCCGUCCCCGAGGGGAACUCAAUGAACAAUACAAGAGGAAGACCAUCCUUACCACUCUGCACGCCUUUCCAUACAUUAAGACCAGGAUUAAUGUGAUUCAGAAGGAAGAGAUUGACCUCACCCCCAUUGAAGUUGCCAUUGAAGACAUGCAGAAGAAAACCCUGGAGUUGGCAGUGGCUACCCACCAGGAGCCCAUUGAUGCCAAGUUACUACAGAUGGUCUUGCAGGGAUCAGUGGGAGCAACUGUUAAUCAGGGACCACUGGAGGUAGCUCAGGUGUUUCUGAAUGAAAUCCCAGGAGACCCAAAGCUUUUCAGACAUCAUAACAAACUGAGGUUGUGCUUUAAAGAAUUUAUCAUGCGGUGUGGGGAGGCAGUAGAAAAGAAUAAGCAUCUGAUUGCUAGUGACCAGCGGGAGUAUCAGCAGGAACUGAAGAAGAACUAUAUUAAACUGAAGGAGAAUCUGAGACCCAUGCUUGAGAGAAAGAUCCCAGAGCUGUACAAACCUUUAGUCAAACCUCGCGUUGAGACCAGGGAAUCGUUUAAAAGACAUAGUUUCCGAAGACCUGCUGAUGAAAAUUAAUGAGGUGAAGAGCUGUUUCCCCCAGGUUCACUGUCUUAAUUGAAAUGACAACAUCGGAGAUGAGAACAAUUUGAUCCCUUACUUGCGAAAGCUUAUGGCGGCAAAGGGAAAAUGCAAGAAGUGCUUAAUGUUUGACAUUGAACUUUAAUUCUGAUGAAAGCCCAUUACAAGCUGUUGCCACACACUUGAUAAUUUAAUGGAAACUUUUAUGAGCUGCCUACAAAUUACACUAGCAUAGCCUUGGUGUGAAGCAGCUUUUGAUAUAGCACAUGCGGUUUAUAGCUCCCUGGCCCUUAAUUAUCUGGUUUCAGAACUGUUUUCAAUUGUAAGAUUUAAGGUGUUUCACAGAAGGACCAGUGACUGGAAAGUACACAUAUGUAAUAACACUGUACAGAGUUGUUUUUUUAGCUACAUGUAUAUUUGCUCCUGUUUUGAGUUGACACAGUUGUGAUGAUUUUAUUUCUGAAGUACUGUAGAAUAUAGUAGUCUUUUUUUUUUAAAAUAUUAUAAAAAGAAAAACUUUUUUUUUUUUUUUUUUUUUUUUUAAAAUAAAUAACAGCAGUGAUGUUAAUCACAAGUUGUGCUUUAACCCUUUAUAUUUGGUUCACACACACAAGUUUUUCAUAGAAAAUUGUGACUUCUGUGUAAAGCAAAAUACACAUGCAAAAAAGA